AUAGGCAGUUAGAGCUGAACCUCUUGUAUAUAAAGUUCUGUAACUGCACAUUGUAAACCACAACUUUACACUUUCAAUUCAAUAAAGAUUUUCUCUUUUCUUCAAUGAAUUCUGUUCUCUCCAUUCUUCUUUGCCAUCUUUGAGAGAAAUGGUAGCAAUCUUUAGAACCACUACUUGUGGUUAGUGAGAAGUUUGAUCAUAUACUAUUCAUCUUCCUAAUGGUUUUCAGCAACUAUGCAAAUUUGUUGUCUGUUUUGUUCAUUUUGUUUUGCUAUUUGUUACAUGUUAGUAUCGGUAUAGACACGAUCACAUCAUCUCGAUUUAUCAAGGACCCUGAAACUCUAAUCUCCAAAGAUGGUAACUUCACCUUGGGGUUCUUCAGUCCUAAAAAUUCUACAAAUCGAUAUGUUGGAAUUUGGUGGAAGUCUCAAUCUACAAUCAUAUGGGUGGCAAACAGAAACCAGCCACUGAAUGAUUCUAAUGGGAUUGUCGCAAUAUCUGGAGAUGGCAAUCUUGUCGUCUUAAAUGGACAUAAACAAGUCAUUUGGUCAUCAAAUGUUUCGAACAUAGCAUCCAAUACAACUUCUCAGUUUUGGGACUUUGGUAACCUUGUCCUUUUGGAGAGCAUAACAAGAAACAUUUUAUGGCAGAGUAUUCAGCAACCGUCGGAUACAUUACUUCCUAGCAUGAAACUAUCAAUCAACAAAAGGACAGGUAAAAGUGUAAAACUCAAAUCAUGGAGAAGUCCUUCUGAUCCAUCUGUUGGCAACUUCUCUUCUAGUACGGUUGAACGCCAAAAUAUACUUGAAGUGAUCAUUUGGAAUGAAACUCGAACAUGCUGGCGCAGCGGUCCUUGGAAUGGCGGGGUCUUCACUGGGAUACAGGCAAUGACAAUGGCGUAUUUUUUUGGUUUUCAAGCUGGAGACGAUGGAGAAGGGAAUACCAUUUUAUAUUACACAAUACAAAAUGAUGGGGAUUUUUUUAUGUAUCACUUGAAUUCAAAAGGAAUAUUAGAAGAAACACGGUGGUAUGAUACGAAAAAAGAAGUUCGUGUUACAUGGACAAGCCGAGAGUCAGAGUGCGAUGUUUAUGGUAUAUGUGGGAUAUUUGCAACGUGUAAUUCAUUGAGCUCACCAAUAUGCAGCUGUUUGAGAGGAUUUGAACCGAGAAACAUACGUGAAUGGAAUAGAAACAACUGGACCGAUGGAUGUGUUAGGAGGACACCUUUGCAGUGUGAAAGGGUCAACAAUAAAAGCACGAGUAGAAAGGAAGACGGGUUUUCGAAACUACAGACUAUUAAAGUUCCUGAUUUUGCCGAAGGUUCAAGUGUUACAUCAGACAUAUGCAGAAACUUAUGCUUGAAGAAUUGCUCUUGCCUUGCAUAUUCUCAUAAUGAUGGGAUUGGAUGUAUGUCUUGGACUGAGAAUCUACUUGACAUACAACAACUCCAAAUUGGAGGACUUAAUCUGUAUGUCCGUGUGGCCUACGCAGAACUUGAUAAAGGGAGAAACAUGACAACCGUCAUUAUAAGUACAGUGAUAAUCGGAACUCUCAUAAUUGUCAUUUGUGCAUAUAUCAUAUGGAGACGAAGAUCAAACCACCUAGCUAAACUGUGGCACUUUGUUAAAUCAGCAAGGAAAAAGAACAACAAGUCUUUCCAACUUUUUAAUAGAGGUGGAUCACCAGAACAUUAUGCUACUGACAAUGAAAUCGGAGAAUCACCUCAAGUUAAACUACAAGAACUAUUAAUAUUUGAUUUUGAAAAGCUUGCAACUGCCACAAACAACUUCCAUUUGUCCAACAAACUUGGACACGGCGGUUUUGGUACAGUAUACAAGGGGAAACUGCAAGAUGGUCAGGAAAUAGCAGUUAAAAGACUUUCUAGAGCAUCUGGCCAAGGGUUGGAAGAAUUCAUGAAUGAAGUUGUGGUGAUUUGUAAGCUUCAACACCGCAAUCUUGUAAGACUUCUUGGCUGUUGUAUUGAAGGCGAUGAGAAGAUGCUGAUGUAUGAGUACAUGCCAAACAAAAGUUUGGAUGCAUUCAUCUUUGAUCCGUCAAAAAAUAUACUCCUAGAUUGGAGGACACGGUAUAACAUUAUAGAAGGAAUAGCUCGAGGAUUGCUAUAUCUUCACAGAGAUUCCAGAUUAAGAAUUAUUCAUAGAGAUUUGAAGGCAAGUAAUGUUUUGUUAGACGAGGAGCUGAAUCCAAAAAUAUCAGACUUUGGUAUGGCUAGAAUCUUCGGAGGCGGAGAUGAUCCGGUCAAUACUAACAGGAUUGUUGGAACUUAUGGCUAUAUGUCUCCUGAAUAUGCAAUGCAAGGAUUAUUUUCUGAGAAAACAGAUGUUUUUAGCUUCGGUGUUUUGAUAUUAGAGAUUGUUACCGGGAGAAGAAACUCAAGUUUCUACGACAAUGAGCACGCUCUAAGCCUUUUAGGAUUCGUGUGGAUAAAAUGGAGGGAAGGCAAUAUUUUAUCUCUCAUAGAUGAAGGAAUAUAUGAUCCUAGUCAUCAUAAUUACAUUUUAAGAUACAUACAUAUAGGACUUUUGUGUGUACAAGAAAUUGCUGUAGAUAGACCUACUAUGGCUGAAGUAAUUUCUAUGCUUAAUAGUGAAGCUGCAUUACCUUCUCCUUCAAGUAAACCUGCAUUCAUUCUGAUGAAGAGUAUGUUGAAUUCAAAGUGGCCUGAAGAAUGUCAAAGUAGUAGUUCCAACAACAAUGUUAGUAUUACAGAAAUUUGUGGCAGAUAUGGUGUAACUGUUGAUCAUAUACUCUUCAUCUCAGUAAUGGGUUUCAUCAGUUGUUCAAAUCUAUUUUCUGUUUUGUUCAUUCUAUGUUGCUAUUUGUUACACUUUAGUAUUGCCAUAGACACCAUAACAUCAUCACAAUUCAUCAAGGAUCCUGAAACUCUAAUCUCCAAAGAUGGUAACUUCACCUUUGGAUUCUUUAGCCCUAUAAAUUCUACAAAACGCUACGUUGGAAUUUGGUGGAUGUCUCAAUCUACAAUUGUAUGGGUGGCAAACAGAAACCAUCCACUGAAUGAUUCUAAUGGGAUUGUCACAAUAUCGGAAGAUGGCAAUCUUGUGGUAUUGAAUGGAACAAAACAAGUCAUUUGGUCUUCAAAUUUGUCCAACAAAACAUCAAAUACUGCUACGGCCCAGUUUUCAGACUAUUGUAACCUUGUCCUGAUGGAAAGCACAACAGGAAACAUCUUGUGGCAGAGUUUUCAAAAACCUUCAGAUACAUUUCUUCCAGGCAUGAAACUUACAAGCAACAAAAGAACAGGUGAAAAAGUACGACUCACGUCAUGGAAAAACCCUUCAGAUCCAUCUGUUGGGAGCUUUUCUGUCAUUUUUUUGGAUCGCAUAAAUUUACCUGAGCUGUUCGUGUUCAAUGAAACUCAACCAUACUGGCGCAGUGGUCCUUGGGAUGGUGUAGUUUUUACUGGCUUACCGAUGAUGACAACUCCGUAUGUUGAUGGUGUUCACGUUGGAGAUGAUGCGGAAGGUAAUAUUGAUAUCUAUUAUACAGUACCAAGGGACAUAACACUGGUAAUUUAUAAUCUGAACUCACAAGGCCAAUUAGUAGCAAAAUGGUGGGAUUAUGAGAAGAAAGAUGUUCAAAUUGCAUGGAGUAGCAAAUUAUCAGACUGUGACAUUUAUGGUAUAUGUGGAGCAUUUUCAAGCUGUAGUUCAUUGAGCUCACCAAUAUGUAGUUGUUUGAGAGGAUUUAUACCUAGGAACAAACAAGAGUGGAAUAGACACAUCUGGACUGGUGGGUGUGUUAGAAGGGAACUUUUAAAGUGUGAAAGGAUGAACAAUAAAACAACAAAAGUAGAUACAAAGGAAGAUGGAUUUUUGAAAAUGCAGAUGGUAAAAGUUCCUGAUUUUGCACAAGGCUCAGCAGUUACACCAGACAUUUGCAGAAGUCAGUGCUUAGAGAAUUGCUCUUGCAUUGCAUAUUCUCACAACACUGGUAUUGGUUGUAUGUCUUGGACUGGGAAUCUAUUUGAUAUACAACAAUUCCAAAAUGGAGCGCUUGAUCUAUAUGUUCGUGUAGCCUAUACAGAACUUGAUAAAGAGAGAAACACAACAAUCAUAAUCAUAGCUACAUUGAUUAUAGGAACUCUCAUAAUUGUCAUGUGCGCAUAUGUUAUGUGUAGAAGGUCGUCUAAUAACACAGCAGCUAAACUGUUGCACUCUCUUAAAUCAAAAAGGAAAAAGAACAUCAAAGCUUUACAGUUAUUUAAUAAAGUUGGAACAUUAGAAGAUCAUACAAGCGACAGCAUAAUUAGAACUCUGUCACAAGUUAAACUCCAAGAGCUUUUACUAUUUGAUUUUGAAAAGCUUGCAAUUGCCACAAACAACUUCCACUCGUCCAAUAAACUUGGACAGGGUGGUUUUGGUCCUGUAUACAAGGGAAAACUACAAGACAAUCAGGAUAUAGCAGUUAAAAGACUUUCUAAAUCAUCUGGACAGGGUCUAGAAGAAUUCAAGAAUGAAGUAGUUGUGAUUUGUAAGCUUCAACACCGCAAUCUUAUAAGACUUCUUGGAUGCUGUGUUGAAGGAGAGGAAAAGAUGUUGAUAUAUGAGUACAUGCCAAACAAAAGUUUGGAUGCAUUUGUCUUUGAUCCAUCAAAAAAUAAACUCCUAGACUGGAGGACCCGGUAUAGCAUUAUAGAAGGAAUAGCUCGAGGAAUGCUUUAUCUUCAUAGAGAUUCCAAAUUGAGAAUUAUACAUAGAGAUUUGAAGACAAGUAACAUCUUGCUAGACGAAGAGCUGAAUCCAAAAAUAUCAGACUUUGGUAUGGCUAGAAUAUUUGGAGGGAGAGAAGAUAAGGCCAAUACUAUCAGGGUUGUCGGAACAUAUGGUUAUAUGUCCCCUGAAUAUGCAAUGCAAGGACUGUUUUCGGAGAAAUCAGAUGUCUUUAGCUUUGGUGUUUUGAUACUAGAGAUUAUAAGUGGGAGAAGAAACUCAAGCUUUUAUGACAAUGAACAUGCACUGACCCUUCUAGGAUUUGUAUGGAUACAAUGGAGGGAAGGAAAUAUUUUAUCUUUAGUAGAUCCAGAAAUAUAUGAUCUUAGUCACCAUAAGUAUAUUUCAAGGUGUAUACACAUAGGACUUCUGUGUGUACAAGAGGUUGCCGUUGACAGGCCCACUAUGGCUGCAGUAAUUUCUAUGCUCAACAGUGAGGCUGAAUUACUUCCUCCUCCAAGUCAACCUGCAUUUAUCUUGAGGCAAAAUAUGUUGAGUUCAAUGUCUCAUGAAAAAAGUCAUAGACCCUAUUCUAUCAAUACUGUUAGUAUUACAGACAUCAGUGGCAGAUAGCAAAUAAGGAUCUCUAAGAAAAGUUUUAAAAAGCAAUGGAGAUGAGGCCAAUACUAGAAAUUAAUUUUUGAAAUAGUUUCAAACUAGAAUUUUGGUUUAUGUUAAUUGUUGAUUGACAUAAAUCGUUAAGAGUUGGACUUGUACUUUCACCUCCUACGCGUUAGGAUUUCAAAUCCCACAACGCAACUAAAAUUCAUUAUCCUCAGUGGGAAACUCUCCUUAGGAAGGCAUAGUAGUUAGAAGUUGAUAAUUUCGAGUAUAAGCUUGGUCUGUAAUUUCUUAGCA